AAACCUGUUUCAGAGGGAAUGGAAUCCUGGAAUGAAGAAUGGAGAUCUAUGCCUUGGAAGCAUUGGACUUCCCCUGUUGAGAGAUUUCAAGUUCUUCCCUCCUUCGUCCUUGGAGAGUUCGUAUUCAUCUUCCUAACUCUAGUUACCUUAGUUCAUGCUGCUAGACAUGGAAGAAAAUAUGUAGCUGUCUGGUUAGCAGCUUUUCUAGCCGGGACAGCUAAUGAUGCUAUAUUUAUGAUGCUGCCAAUGGUUGAUAACUUCUGGCAGGCCCAGGCCUGCAUAAUGUUAACACCAAGAAUGCCGCUGUACAUUCCUUGUGUUUACAAUAUCUUUAUGUACUGCGGAUUUGUUGCUGCAGAUAUGCUUCAGCUCUCCUUGGUACCUGGAGCUUGCCUUGCAGGGAUACUUGGAGAAGCAAUUUAUUCUCCUUAUGAUAUCACAGGCGCCAAGUUUUUAUGGUGGACCUGGCAUGAUACUGAUGCCCCCAUUCGGAACAAACUUCUUGGAGUGCCAAUCGGCUCCAGUGUCUGGGUUAUUACAUUUACCUGUUCUUUCUACUUUAUCCUAUCUAUGACCCUGUUCAGAAAAAAGAUGUCUACGGGUUUGAGUUUAUUAUUAACAAGUUUGUUUUCUACUCCUCUCAUGGUCCUUCAGAUGUCAGUUCUUCAGCUAAUAGCAGGAGAAGCACAGGGCUUACCUACUUACAGGUCCCUGGUCUUAGUUCUUAUCCUCUACUUAUCAUUGAUCGUAGUUGGAUAUAUCUACAGAGACCAAGCUAAACCAAGCAGAUUUAAGGAUGCAAAUUACACCCUGCUGUUCUUUUUAGUUGGAUACUAUACAUUUAUGACGGCUAACAUGGGACUAGGAAACCCUGAAUCUCAUAUAUCCUCCGGAGUUCACCAGGAGUAUGGAGAUUGUAAUAUAACCGCCCCGGAUAUUACAGGACACCUGAGACAAGUCUAUCUUUGUAGAGAAACCCAUGUACAGGAUUUCAGCUUUGAUUGUGAAGACGUGUGUGGGAAGGUUGGGGUAGACUGUUCUGAAGCCUCUACAAGUUGGUAUACCGUCUGUGGAAGACGACAUUCAAAUUACUCGCUGUAUUUGCUUGCAACAUCAAUUAUAUCAACUCUAGGUUGUGUUUUCUACACAUUCACCCUAACAUACAGAGGAAGUACAAAACAGAAGAAAAACUAGACACCAUGGAAUAUCACGGAUUAGAGUAUUUUUAAUAAGAAAUACUGAACAAGAACUUAAAUUUUAUUAUUUCGUUUUCAGCUCGCGAGAAAUCAAUUUUUU